AAUUUUCCAAGUUUACGCUUUCGCACUGCUGUAACAUGAUAGGCUAUGGCAAUCUGGAAUUAGUUACCCUAAGGCACACACCACCCACCCACUGUGAACUUUCUUUUGUUUGUCCCACCGCAUUGUUUAUUCCUUUUAUCUAAGUCUGAGCCCGAUUUUGAAUAGAUGAGGAAAACAGCAUCAAUGGCAAUCCCGGCAACUCAUUGACCAUACAUGUGUACUCCUCCCAGUGAAUCACCCUAUCAACUGCUACGCAAUCGCUUUCAAAAUGGCAGAUGAUGGUCUCUUGAGUAGCUUUCUGGGUGCUCUCCAGGCCAGCCUGUCUGUGAUUCUGACAAUCCUCUUUGGCGUUAUUGCUGCUCAAUUCGACCUGCUCAAUGAGAAAUCCACAAAACAAGUGUCCCGGCUGUGCGUCAAGCUCCUUCUACCAUGUCUCUUGAUCGCAAAGGUGGGAUCGGAGCUCCACCUGUCCACGGCCCUGCGAUAUGUCCCUAUUCUCAUCUGGUCGAUUAUCUAUACCCUUGUAUCAAUGGCCAUUGGCAUUCUUGCGACUCGAGUCCUACGACUCCCAGCAUGGGCAACACCAGCGAUAUGCUUCAACAACACCACUUCGCUCCCUUUACUUCUUGUCCAGUCCCUUGAAACGACUGGCAUUCUGACGCGGCUGCUUGCGUCUGACACUGACACAAUUCCAAAUGCAAUUUCUCGUGCGCAGUCGUAUUUUCUCGUUUGCUCGCUCGUUGGUAAUUCCUUGACGUUUGCACUUGGACCCAGCCUGCUCAACGGUGGACACGAAGAGGACAGUCCCGACGAGCCUGACAGCAACGACAAGGACCGGACACGCCGGAAAUCCGCUCAGUCGUCCAUAUCAAACGCUGAACAGGGUGAUGAUGAAGAUGACGAGUCCAAUUCCCAAGUCAGCGACGGCGAGCAAAUUAACAACGAUGACCAAACCGAUGGUCAUCAUCCAGACCCCAACAGUCCCGCCGAACAUGGCGAUAUCCCCCACCCAGCAGCACGAGGGGAUGAUCCAGAGGAGCGAACGCCCUUGCUACCUGAUCCCGUCAUUCGACGUGGUCGCAUGGCGCAUAAAAAGGGACUUGAAAAAUCCAUUCACUAUUACAAACGCCUGCCACCAUGGGUGCGGGAAGCACUCGACUUUGCAUACGCCUUUGUCAACGCGCCCGUCAUUGGCGGACUCAUUGGUCUUCUUGUCGGACUCGUACCUCCUCUCCAUCGAGUCUUUUUCAAUCCGACUGAGGAAGGCGGGUACUUCAAUGCCUGGCUGACCACGGCCGUACGUAAUGUCGGCAACCUCUUUGCCGUGUUGCAGGUGCUCGUCGUCGGUGUCAAGCUGCAUAGCUCCUUGACAAAGAAGGGCGACCAGGGAGAAAAGGUGCCGUGGAUAUCAAUGGUCUUGAUUACAUUUAUUCGCUUCAUCUUGUGGCCCAUCAUCAGCAUUGUCGCCAUAUGGGCCAUCGCAUCACGCACGCACUGGCUCGACGAGGACCCAAUCCUGUGGUUCGCAAUGAUGAUGAUGCCCACCGGCCCAUCUGCCAUGAAACUCGUCGCUCUCGCCGACGUUGACGGCUCUUCCGAGGCAGAAAAAAUGUCCAUUGCAAAGUUUUUGACUAUUACGUAUGCCAUUUCGCCUUUGAUCUGCUUUACUGUCGUGGGUAGUCUGAAAGCGUCCCAGGCCGCAAUGAAGUGA